GCAGUCGACCACAGGCGGGCGUACUGAGCAGUGCUGGGGAGGGAUGGUCUGAGAGUGCUGCGACGGACUCCGAGUGGGGGGCGGAGCAAUGGCGUGGUCAGACAAGCAUGCUUCGUUACGGCGUCGUACAUCAAAUUCAAUGUUCAGGUUAUUGGUAGCAGCCACGGCAGUCACAUAUAUCACAUGUAUGAUUUAUCUUGUCAACUUCAGUGGCAAGAAGCGAAUAGGAAGCCAACUUCAUCACAACAGCAAGACGACACAUUAUGGUGCUGCAUCCGUCGGGAACUCAACAGCUGGAGAUCGCUGUCUACGUUUGUUCUCGCUCUCCGAGUCUCGGAUGUUCUGGGAGGAGCCGUCACAGGACUGGCCAGGGUCAUGUCGUGGCUCCGGUCUCCCCGCGAGCGAGUCGACCACGUGUCUGACAAAACUGCGGGAGAGACGUGGCCGGCCUUCUCUCGUCAUGUUCAUCGGUGAUUCCCGAGCGCGCAUUAUCUUUAUGAAACUAUACGAUACUCUAGAACAUUUGAACAAGCGCGAUAUUGUGCAAGAUGACUUCAAGGAGAAACCAAACGCCACAUUUCUGGACCAUGGCAAGAGGGUACGCUGUCUCCAUGUAUUCCGUAACAGGCUCUCGAGGUUCUCGUGCUACAUGGAAGCGUCCAGUGACCUGGUGCACGCCACGUUCCACUGGACUCCGUUUCUGAGCGCUGGCUACGCAGAGCGGCUGGCAGUGGUGGAACGGGACUGCCGCGAAGGCACGGCCUGCCCGGACCUCAUCGUCCUCACACUGGGCAUGUGGUACGCCAAGAAGACCUCCGGCUGCCAGCGCCUAGGCACGAUGGGCUGUCCGCUGCAGCUCAGGGACGAGCUAGACAGGCUGGUGCCGGUGCUGCAGACCCUCUCCCAGCGGAUACAGGUCGUGUACCGUAUCGAUGGACCUGACUUUCUGGACGGCGAGGGUGUCAAGUCGAGCUUCAACGACGACAUCCUGGCGGUGACAGCGAUUGUCACCGAGACGCUGAGACGCAAGGUGCCGCAAGUGCAACUUUGGACCUCCUCCCUGGCGGAGACAAUCCGAUUCCAGCACACAUUCUGCCGCCAACUGGCGGCCAGCCAGCUACUCCUGAAGGUGAAAAACCGGCAUGAAUGCAUGGAUAGCAACCACGUGGGUGACACGGUGCGGCUGUCGGCGGUGGGCGCGAUCCUGCGCUACCUGUGCCGGGAUGUGGAGCGCCACCCGGCGGGACACUGCUGUCACCAGAGCGUGUGACACCGGCGGGACACCGCUGUCACCAGAGUGUCUGACACUGGCGGGACACUGCUGUCACCAUAGUGUCUGACACCGGCGGGACACCGCUGUCACUAGUGACUGACACUAGCGUGACACUACAGCUGCCAUCAAAGUGACUGACACGGUGUCAGCGCCGCUACCGGAGUGUCAGUGGUGUUUUCAGUGACGGUGUCGGUAACAGUGUUGUUGUCGUUGUGGUGUUGACAUCGCUACCGCUUCAUGCACUGUGUUAAAACAGACUCUGCGAGGAAGCUCACUGCUGUGACGAAGUCGGUAAUGGGACGCAUGAAGUGAUGUUCACGGGGUACAUGUAUUGUUGUCUUUCCAUUUAUUUAUUAAUUUAUUUAUUUAUUCAUUUUCGCUUCAUAGCUGUCCAUUCCUGUUUACAUACAUCACAGACCUUCAAUGGUGACCUGGUAACUGGUAAAUGGUGAUAUGGUAACGUGUCAUUGAAGGAUUGCGACGGCAUGUGUAAUUGUGUAUACCUAAAGAAGAAGUGCUUAACUGAUUAGGUAUACUGUCACACAAUGAAAACAAGAUAGAAAAAUAGGUAAAUAAAUAAAACGGAACGAUUAAAUACAUAUAACCAGCCACCCAUACCUAAAA